AUGACGAUUCCCAUUGCCAUCGAUACCGGCGGCGUCAAAACAACACUGAACUACUGGGAUCGCCACGAGGCACCGCCCGAGGUUCUAGACUUCACUAAGCCUGGCACCGAGUCAAAAUUCGAAGAAUACCAGAAAACGAUCGAGACGCUUCCGAUCACCAUCCACAACGUCCGCGGGAAAGAGGAUCAAUAUACCCUUGAGAAGAAUGGCUUCCAAUACGUCAAGGACGACAUCCCAGCGCUGGAGGGAUGCGAGACCGAGGACGACGUUCGAGAGGUUUUGUUGCCGGCCACCGAAGAGCUCGUAAACGCCCUCGCCGAAGAUCCGUCCAAGCGCGCUGAUAACAGAGCCCCAGCGCACAGCGUGCACACGGACUUUACGCGCGCAGGCGCGCUGAACCAAUUCAAGACCGUGAUCCGCGACCCGUCCGAACUCGCAAGCCUACAAAAGUCCCGCAUCCUCGCCAUCAACGUCUGGCGGCCGCUCAAGACCAUUAAAAAGGACCCCCUCGCUAUCUUGAAUUGGGCUUCGGUGAACGCAGAGCAGGAUAUUGUGCCGAACAGGAUGAUCAUGAACGAGCACUUUUGGGCCGAGCUGGGGAAAGUGAAGUACGCGGACGGGCAUGAGUGGGUGUAUAUGGAGGGCCAGACGCCGAGCGAGCCGCUGGUGUUUAAGCAGUUUGAUUCGAAGGCGGAGGGGAGCAUGACUGUGCCGCAUUCGGCAUUUGUGGAUCAGAGGUGGGUGGAUGAGGCCGCGAGGGAGAGCAUCGAGAUCAAGAUGUUUGCGUUUGUAGAGGAGUAG